AUGAAGUUGCUUGCAGGUCUUGCUCUCGCCUCGAUGGCUGUUGCCGCUCCCCUGGUGGACAAGCGCGCUCCUACUCCUCUGAAUGUUGAACUUCAGAUGAUGGGUAACUCCAAGGUCAAGGCUGUUAUCACCAACAACGGGAAGAGCAACUUGAAGCUGCUCAAGGUUGGAACAUUCCUUGAUACGGCUCCUGUUGAGAGGGCUCAGGUCUUUUCUGCCGAAAAGACUGUUCCCUUUGAUGGUGUUCGAAUUUCCCUCGACACCUCGGUGCUCGAUGACACCGCCUUCCAGAGCAUCCCCUCUGGUGAAUCAUACGAAGUGAGCUUCGACAUUGCCGAAUACCAUGAUCUUUCCGCUGGUGGCAAGUUCAGCGUUCUUUCGUCCGGCGCUCUAUCUUUCGCCACAGGGAACUCGACUGAGUUGGUCGGCUCUGUGCCCUUUUACUCCAACCGGCUCGACGCCGAGGUCGACGGCCCCCAGGCCUUCUCCGUCCGCACCGCCUUCCACCAGAAGCGAACCAAUGUCCAGAGUGACUGCUCCGGCAACAAACUCGCAGCCACACAGGCUGCUCUGGCGAACUGUGCCAGCCAGGCUUCUCAAGCUCAGCAAGCUGCCUCCAACGGCCCUGCUGAGAAGAUGGAGGAGUACUUCAAGGCAUCUGACGCUGCUACUCGAUCAACCGUAGCCGACGUCUUCUCCAAAAUUGCUGCCGAGUGUGGAUCUACCAACGCCGGAGACUCGCGUUACUACUGCUCAGACGUGUACAACUCAUGCCAGAACGGUGUUCUUGCGUACACCCUUCCCGGAGGAAGCUACAUGGCCUACUGCGACCUGUACUUCGACCGUCUUCAAGCCACCACGACGACCUGCCACGGACAGGAUCAGGGAAACACCAACUUGCACGAGAUGACCCAUCUCAACCAGAUCAAGGGUACCUCCGACUUUGGUGGUUACGGAUACAACUUCCUCCGUAGCUUGACUGCCGAGCAGAACAUCAACCACGCUGACACCUACGCUCUGUUUGCUAACGCUGUUGCUCUGGGAUGUUAA